CUCUCAGGCUCGAACAUCAGAGACGCACCCGCUCUCUGAGGUCGCAAACAGGCGGAAUUCAUUCAUACAAACACAUCGAAAAAAAGAAGCGAAAAAAAAGAAGGAAUAUUUAGAACCGGAACAAGUGGAAGGAAUACGACUUUUAGAUCAUAUUUUUUUCAAUUGAUUUAAACAAAAAAAAAAAGUAAAAGUCACUGGAAGUUUUGACAUCAUGAGGAUUUUCAGUGUUGUGCUCCUGCUGGUUCACGCCUUGGUGGUGUCCAGGCCGGCCAGUGGUGCUGCAGUUGACAGGUAUGAGAGCGACAGGCAGCGGCACACGGCCGUUAUCAACUUUUUGGACACAACCAAAGACAGGAGGGCAGAUGAUGAGAGCAGAAGCGUGGACGCCACAACAGUGGAGUAUGGUCAGGAAGGCGAGGAAGAGGAGUACGAUGAUGAAUACUACUAUGAGGACGAGUAUGAAGAUGGCAUGUCUGGAGACUAUGAAAUGGAACAGCCACGAGUUGCUAUGUCAAGUAAACCCAAAGACCCUUCUGCCAUCCUGGAGACUGAAAGCACUGAAGGAAAGAGGAGGAGAGGAAAGGGAAGAAAGAGGGCAAAGGGCAAGGGAAAGAAGAGGAAUCCAUGCCUGAAGAAGUAUAAGAAUUUCUGCAUUCACGGCACCUGCCAGUACCUGAGGGACAUCCGCGCCCCUUCCUGUGUGUGCCACCCAAACUACUCUGGUGAGAGGUGUGAGUUCAUCACCCUGCCUGUGCAGUCCCCCGAGGGCUACAACCGGACCACAGCUCUGGCCGUGGUGGCGGUGGUGCUGUCGUCCGUCUGCCUCACCAUCAUAGGCCUUUUAUUAAUGCUCAGGUUUCACAAGCGGGGAGCGUAUGAUGUAGAGAAUGAAGAGAAGGUCAAACUAGGGUUAGCGUCCAACCACUGAAGAGACAAAGAGGGGCAAAGAUGCAGAAAUUCUACCUCAAAAUAGAAAAAGAGAAGUGAACCAGGAAAGGAGGUCCUACAGGAAAAAGGAACGUACAUGAAGAAAGGAACAGAGGGUGUUGUCUGCGUGAUCCUCUGCUGGACGUUCAGAUGAACGUACUCCUGCGGACCUCAGAAGUAAAGGGGCCGUCUGAUACUGGAAUACUAAAUGGCCCAGGUGAUGGAGUGGAGACAUGACGAGCAUGAGGUGAUGAACACGAAGGAACGAGAAGAAGAAGGGACAAGUCUAGACUCUGUGCUGCUUCUUGACUGUGUGAAAAGAAAAGUCGUCUCAGACUGAACUGAACAAGAAAAGUUUUUUUUUUUUUUUUUAAAA